AUGGGCAAAGUGCCUAAGCGGAGAGACUGCAGGGAAAAUACACGCUUCCAAUCAAUAAGUUUCACGGUCGAGUGCCCGGUUUCCCGGGCUGGGGAACCCAAUGCCAUACGCUACGGUUCUCCCGGAAAAUCGCGCCAUGGCCCGGAUAGAACGCGGCCUGGCUCUCCAGGGAUCAAGCGGAGACCGCUCCUUGGGACGCUGUGCUGCUGGUGUUGCCCACGCCCGUGGAUUGAAAGAUCCCCACGAUCAGGGGUUUUUGGUGAGCAUGGGCGCGUUUAUCCACCGGCAUGUCCCACACGAUCCGCCCUAAUGCGGCAGGCGUGCGCAAAUAAAUUUCCUCCUUCCUCCCUCGGGCAGCGGCGGAAGGUCGUAAAAUUGCAAGAGAAAGAAAAAAAAACCGAUGGCAAGACGCGCCGCCCUUCCGCAAAGAUUUGCCAAAGGGGGGCGGGGGGUGGGGCUGCAGGGUCCUGGGGGCCGGAACCCUAUAGCGUGCUUUUUCCAAAAUGGAAAGGCCCAACAAAAGCAUAG